CGCAAGAUUUGUAUUGAAUUUUUGUAAUUUGUUUGUUGUGUUCAUUAAGUAAUCAUAACUUGAAUUGAAUUCACUUUAAAUUGAAUUGAAAUUUGGAUGAAAUGGUGUUUUUGAGCCAAAUAUGUAUGAAAUAUACGCCCAUUUGGUUACAGAGAUCCGGCAGAAGAUCCGUAUUCUUCCGGAGAGUCUCUCUCUUCCGUCUGACGGGUGCAUUUGGAGGUUUGAGUCGAAACUGUUGGAAGAUUGCGAUCAAGAAGUGGACGAAAUCAAUACAAUAUAAGCCU